AUGGCUCCCCGCGGGAGAAAGCGUGGGGCCCAGCAGCCGCCGGCGGCCGAGGCGUCGGAGCAGGCGGGUGCUCCGCAGAAGCAGGCACGUCGCCAGGGCGAGGGCAGUCCAGGGGAUACCGGCCCCCGCAUCGUCAUCGAGCACUGUAAGAGCUGACGGGUGUACGGGCGGAACGCGGCGGCGGUGAGCGAGGCCCUGCGAGGAGCCGUGGCUCAUCUCCCCGUGGAGAUCAACCCCCGGCAGCCGCGCAGGAACAGCUUCGAGGUGUCCCUGGUGAAGGAGGACGGCAGCACUGUGAAGCUGUGGAGCGGCAUUGGGAAGGGUCCCCCCCGUAAACUGAAGUUUCCUCAGCCGGAGGCCAUGGUGGAAGCCCUGAAGAAGAGCUUGGCAUAGAGGGGGCAGCCAGUCAGGGUUGUCACCCGUGGCACGAGCGUCUAUGAAGAGACGAGAUGAAGUGGGGGGCACCUGCCAGCCCCAGUCCCGUCUCUGAUGCUAUAGCUCCACCACGAGCAGCCACUGCUGGACCCCCUGGCUCCCCUUCAUCCUCCCUGCCAUUCCCCAAUAAAGUUCAU